GGUCACCAGCAGCAACCCCAGCAGGCAGCUGCUGAGGGCAGCAGCAGCAGCGGCGAUAUACCCUGUGCUUUCUUGCUGGAUUUCACGAGGCGGCCGCAGGACGGCGCUGCCGAUGCGGUGGUGUCGCUGCGCCUGGCCCCCAGCUACCUGACCUACAACGCCGCCGCGCUGCGCUGCGUGGCGGCCUUCUUCGCCUCGGACAAGCAGCUGCAGGUGGGCACGCUGCAGGCCCAGGCAGCCGCACGCGCGCAGCAGCUUCAGCGGCUUGCCCAACUCCGCCUCCGCGCCCUCUCCUCCUCCUCCACCUCCCCCACCGCCUCGGAACAGCAACGCCCCCGCUUGGCCCUCUCCCUCAUCAUGCACGCACCCAAACUGGCCCUGCCAGACGACAAGGGCCGCGCCACGCUACUGCUCGAUCUGGGUUGCUUCUCGCUGAGAUCCGUGCAACCUGUCGUACAAGGCCUGACUCCGGGCAGCGAGGAGGCGUCGCUGUACGAGUGUUUUGACCUGGGGUUGCAACGCGUGGAGGCGGCGAUUGUGGGCGGGGCGUUUGCAUGGCCGAGCAGUAGCAGGCCGUACGAGUUGCCGUACGAGGAGCUACCGAGAC